GCUGAAGGAGCAAGAAGUGAGUCGAGAAGGCCGCCAAGCGAGAUGUUUGCUGCGGCGCAACUUGCCGAUUUGGAGGCAAUUGCUGCUUCCCUGGGCAGCAGCAUGACGGAGCAAGCGGAGGAAGCCAGCUCGCAGGCUUCCGCCCCGGCUCCGCCGGGUGCGGUGCUCGGCGGUGAGGUGCUCCCAGGCAUCGGAUUCGUCGCCGGCCGUGCGCGGCGUUCCUUCGGCGGU